AUGACGGCCACUUCUAUAUACGACCGCAUAGCGCCGAACAAAAUUAGUCAUGUAUGCUCAGAAACAAACACUGAGAACUAUAUGACUACAUCUGAACUCAUCACAGCUCACGGUUACCACGCUGAAACACAUACCAUUACAACAGAAGACGGAUAUCUUCUCACCGUGCACCGAAUACCAUAUUCCGGACAAAAUUCUAAUGACGAAAACACUAACAGGACUGUAUUACUUCAUCACGGUUUGCUCGGGAGUUCAGCUGACUGGGUGAUCCCUGGACCCAACAAAAGUCUCGCGUAUCUUCUAUCUGAUGCUGGAUAUGACGUUUGGAUGGCAAACGUUAGAGGAAAUACAUAUUCAAGAGGACACGUGCACAGAAAUAUUGACAGUUACGCAUUCUGGAACUUCUCAUUUCACGAAGUCGCGCAGUAUGACUUGCCAGCUGUUAUCGACUUCAUUAUCGAAAAGAAAGGUAGCGACGUAGAGAUUAAUUACGUUGGAUUCUCAAUGGGGACUACUGUGCUGUUUGCUAUGCUCUCAACCAAAACAGAGUACAACAAUGUCUUGAGAACUGGGUUUGCUUUAGCUCCUGUCGCUCACAUGAAAUAAAUAAAAUGUCCAUUUAAACUUUUAAGUAAAUUCGGCAACACUAUAGAAUCCUUCAUGAAACUUGUUGGAGAACAUGAGUUUUUGCCCAGAAACUUUUUAGUAAGAUACAUGGCAAAGCAUUCGUGCAAAGUGACAAGCGUCGAAGAAGCUCUUUGUGAAAUGUCCAUGUUUUUACUAUGUGGUCAUGAUAAGAAACAUUUUAACCGAGCUCUGGAACCGAUGAUACUGGGGCAUGUGCCAGCGGGUACGUCAACGAAGACUUUGGCCCAUUAUGCUCAAGUAAUUAAUAACAAAGGAAGAUUUCAGCAGUUUGAUUACGGCGCUGAAGGCAAUAUGAGAGAAUAUGGAACUAAAACACCCCCAGAAUACCCGCUUUAUAAAGUAACAUUGCCAAUAACUCUGUUCAGUGCUCAUGAUGACUGGCUUUCAAGUGUACGCGAUGCUGUUGAUCUGUACAAACAGUUGUCAAAUCCUGUGGAUCAUUACCUUAUACCCAAUAGUGACUUUAAUCAUUUAGAUUUUUUUCUCGCUUCGGACGCCCGUUCCUUAGUUUAUGAUAAAUUGUUACAAAUGCUAGAACAUUCAUAUAAAGUUAAAUGA